UGUCUGGCAAUCGCAGGUGGCUCGCUCACUACUUUGGCUGAGUCGAAUUAGUCGUAGUCGGACUACAGUCAGACAGUUGAAGGUAUAUCGUGUAUUGUGCGUGUUCAUUCGACUUGACGGUUGUGUCGUCGUUAACGAUAUUCUUAUCGGCAUUUUGCGAAAUCAUUAAACAGUGAUUUUCUCAGAUCCAAAUUUUCAUUCGUGUUGAUAGCUGCGUGUUUGCGGUAUCAAUAUCGUAUAAAAUAUCGUUGAACGGGAAGUGCGGAACAAGAGUUAUCGCCGGUGGCUUGGGAAUCUUCCUGGUGCUUGGCGGCCGCGAGAGACCUCGUCCCGGAUUUCCCGGCGGCGACGCUCGCGAGCCCCGGGCGUCGGUUACUCCGGUGCACGUCAAGCGAAUACCAGGCGUCGGCGUCCAACCGAUCAGCUGCGAUUCUACGAUCGGCGAUUACCCGGCAAAUACUGUUGCGACGCGGCGCGUCACGACGCGUCACGUCGCGACUCGCGACACAGCGUGACGCGUCUCUUGGCGUGGGUUCGACUCCAGUUAACGCAUACGGAGGUAUAUACCCUGCGUAUAUACGGUAUAUACGCCAUCCCUGAACUAAAAGGGCCGACGAGACCGCGAGGGGAGAAGUAGGGGAGCUCGCGGCUCGAUUAGCCUCGGUUUGCGCGGAGGAGAAUUAUGAGCAAGCGACGUUUCCUACCGUGCGUCCGUUGUCGUUGUCGUCAUUGUUAUCACUGUCAUCGUCAUCGUGGUUAUCGUCCUGCGAUCGCCGGCUGUUUCAUCGCGAUCCAAGACUUUUGACACGAGUGCAUCAACCGCGCGAACCACCGUCGUCGUCGGAGACGACGCUAAACCGCGCAGCUGAACGAUCGCGAUCGCGAUCGAGAGAACUAUUUCCGAACCGGAGCAGAAAAUGAACGGUUUUAGCACCGGUGAGGAGGAUUCGCGGGGCGCGGCGGAUCAGAUCUGCUGCCUCGUCGACGAGAGUGAACGAUGCUCCCGUCCGGCCGGCAAUGCAUCCUACAGCAAGCGUAUACAAAAGACGGUCACUCAGCGGCGGCUGAAACUCAACUUGGAUCACAUGGCACGACAUAUAUACAUCUGUGAUUAUCACAAGCAAGUGAUCCAGUGCGCAAGAACCAAACAGCAGCAACAGCGAAGACGCAAGGAUUCCGAAGAAGACUCGGGUGAAACUGACAACGACGUUCCAGAAGUUGACCUCUUCCAACUGCAAGUCGGCACUUUGAGGCGGUACAAAAGGCACUACAAGGUUUCUACUCGACCAGGUCUUAACAAGGCUCAGUUAGCAGAUACUCUCAUGAAGCAUUUCAAGACCAUCCCCAUCGUGGAGAAGGAAGCUCUAAGCUUUUUCAUAUAUACAGUUAAGACCAAUGCGAAUAAGUUAGACCAAAAGAACGGUUUAAGUAGCAGUGACACGACGUAA